CUGUUUUACAUAUAUCCAGUUGAUAUUUCGCAUUCGGUAUUUUUGAAUUCAUUGAAAAAUUGAUAACUAUUACUGUUUGUUGGGGCUCUUCGUUAUAAAAGGAAAAUUUAUAAUUUGAAAAUGAGCACCAAUAAUAAGUGUAAAAGAAAUGACGGGAAAAUUAAAGAAAAAAAGGCCACGCAAAAUGAUGACCCUAACAAAUACCCCAAAUUAAGUGGAGGAGGUGGUUCCCAAGGGACGGAUUUCCAAAUUAAACUAUUAGUAUAUUGUCUUCUUAAAGGAUGUGACGAAACAUUUUUACUGUCCACUGAAAACAAAACGACAGGAAAAUUCGAUGAUGUCGUUUUUGAAACAGAACAAAGUAGAUUCCUCAUUCAAGCAAAGCACAAAGUCAACAAAGCAAAGAAACUUACUUGGAACGAACUUUUUCCUAUAGAAAAUAAUAACCAAGAGUCGACAGAUGCGGAAACUUCAGUGUUAAAUAGUACAAGUGAGGAAAAUCAAGAUGAAGAGAAAAAUUCAGGCGGCUUCAAUAUCUACAAAUAUAUGAAUUCUUUUCCUAACAUUAAAAAUAGUGAUAAUGCGAGUGCCGUUAUUUUAUGUACUAAUAUGGGUAUUGAUCUCAAAAAGUUAAACAAGGAUUUCAAUAGUGAAAUAAGAAAAAUAUUUUUGGAAACAACAAAUACUAUUGUUGCUAACACGAAUAGAAAUUUUUUUAUUCAAAAGAAUAUUCCUGAAAAUCAUAUCUUUGGUCAAAUUGAGGGAAAAAUAAUCUGUAUUUGUUUCGAUAUUAAUCAUUUAGAAGAAGUGAAAAGUUUCAUUCAAGCUACUAAUAGAAUUAAUGUAGAUGAAGAUAAAAUUAACGAAUUUCUUAUAAAAUUUCAAAUCAUUUUGAUGGAUGUGUCAGUUCUUGAUGACAAUAUAAGAAAAAAAUUGAGAGGAAUAAAGAUUUUUAAUAAUUUUAUAACGGACAAAUUUGCUAUUAAUUUUCUAUGUGAAGAAAUUAAGCUUUGGUUUCAAAGUUCUAAAGGAAUUUAUCUGAAUGAAAAAAAAGCCGUGGGUUACUUUUGUAAUAUGCGAAGUCAGUAUUACAUAAUGACAGUCAAAAAUGAAUUGCUCAUUUCGUUUAAAGAACCAAAAGAGAAUCAAAUCAAUGGGUGUACAAAAAUAUUUGUCAAAAACAAAACAUUUUACAAGACUGCCCUAAUAAAAAUAUUACAAUGUACAUCUGAAAACAAUACAUUUUUUUUGAAUCCUGAAGAUGAGUUAUAUAUACAGAAUCAAAUAAUAGAGACUUUUAAACUAGAUAGAUAUACGUCGAUAGUUGUACCAGUAUUUGACAAAUCUGCGGAGAAAUUAGAUAUAGAUGCAGCAAUAAAAAUUGUAAAAGAAAAUAAAGAUAAAAAAAUUAUGUUACUUACAGUCGAAAAUAACAAAUUUGGAAAAAAAAUCCCAACCGAAAAUAUUAUAAAUUACGUUUUAAAAUUUUCCGAUCUUUCUGCGGAAAGUCAAUCAAAAAUACUAGAAAAAAAAAUCAAGUUUCAAGAUGAAUAUUUAUCAAUAAGCGAAAUUUACGGAUCAGAACAAGAUAAAAUGGAUGAAACGAUACUAUUAAAAUUCAUUUCGGAAAAGAAUAUUACUGUUAACGAAAAAAAUGAAAACUGUACGACGUACGUAAAGCAAUUGAAAAGAUUCUAUAUAAAACGGAAUAUUCAUUUUAAUGGAAAACCAAAUACCGGUAAAUAUCCAUUAUUGGGUAGAAACUCAUUAUCCGAAACCGAUUUUUGUCGAUUAAUUCUAAACGGCGUAGAAAAUCAAACAAAAAGUAAAUUCAUACUUUUAUCUGACGUUCCCGGUAUUGGUAAAAGCACCUUACUCUCCAAUAUGGAAUGCAUAUUUCGAAAAACACCCUACUGGGUGAUAAAACUCAAUUUAAGAGAUUGUACCGAAAUCCUAUUAGAAGCCAAGGAAGAAAAUUGGGAAUUCGUAGAUGCAAAGGAACUAUUUCCAAAAAUUGAUUCCACUUAUCAAAAUAUCUUCAAACUUCCCGAUAAAGUGAUUAUACUAAUAGAUUCAAUAGAUGAGAUAGCUCCUGAAUAUACGGACAUAGUUUUAAAAACUUUGGUCAAUAUUUCGAGUAGCGGCAAUAUAAAAAGAAUAGUAAUGGCAUCUAGACCACACGUUUUAAAAGAUAUUGUUGACGCUACCAAUCCGGUUAUUUGUGAAGUCGAUCCUUUUUCUCACGAGGAUAGCCAAACUUUUGUUUUGAAUUACUGGAAAUUUAAAUUGAAAUUAGACAAAUUAGACAAAGCGAAAAUGUAUUCACAACAUUUAUUUAAAAGCUUAGAACACAGCGUCGGUUUUAAUCGUACUAAAAGUUUCGUAGGGAUCCCUCUUCAAACGAAAAUGAUCGCAGAAAUCUUCAUUGAGGGUUACAACGACGAAAAUAAUCAAUGGCUUGGGUGUAAAGAGUAUUUGGAAAGUGGCGAAAUGUCUUUUCCGAAAAAGAUGAACAUAUCAAAGUUAUUUGAUAUGUUUAUUAAUAGAAAACGACAGGUCUACUUCAACCAACAAGGAAACGCGAAAGGUAAUGCUAGGACUGUCAAAUUAUACACAGAAACGUUUAAUAACUCACUAGAAAUGCAUACAGUGGAAGCGUUAAAAUUAUUAUUUGAUAAGAAAUACUAUAAACACUUUGAAAUAGCUACAACACCAUUAACAGACGUAAAUUCAUUAUUCGACAUGGGUAUCGUUAUGUACAUAGAAGGAAAGGUUCAAUUUGUUCAUCAAACAUUUGCAGAAUAUUUCGUAGCAAAAUAUUUUGUUAAAUUAAUAAAAAAUAAAAAUUUAUCUUUGGAUUUCAUCGAGUUUUUAAUCAAUGACGUUUUUUUAAAGUUUGAUAAAAGACAAAUUAUUGUAUUGUUUAUGGAACAUUUACUGAAUCUAGAAAAAGUUGAAGAAAACAUGUUUGAGUCGUUCGCUUUGACACUUGAGUUAAGUAAACAAACAGAGCUUGAAGUACUGGCAGCUCGAGGAUGUUUCAAUAUACUAACUUUGGUUAUAAAAAAAUGCAGAUAUCCUAAAGAAUUGUUAUAUCCUAUUAUGAACGACAAUACUUUUCUUCACUUCGCAGCAAGUUAUAAUGCUACAGAAUUCGCUAAAAUUUUAAUAGAAAAAGGACACUGUACCAACGAAAAAAAUUUAAAAGGAAGUAUUCCUCUACAUCUUGCAAUUGAUAAUAAUUGUCAAGAAAUUAUGGACUUUUUAUUAAGUAUCAACAAUGAUAUAUUAAUCAAAGAUAUUAAUGAAGAUUCUUUACUUCACUAUGCCGCAAGAAUGAAUAACGUUAACCUCGCCACGUACCUUAUUAACCAAAAAAUUGAUUUAAAUAUGAAAAAUUUGCGAGGAGAAACACCGUUACAUCAAACAAUUAUUUACAAAUCUAAAGAAAUAUUUAGAUUAUUAAUGUAUAAUAACUGUAAUAUUAUUGUAAGAGAUAAACAAAACGACACUCCGUUACAUUUCGUUGCUAAAGUUGGCGACUGCAACAUAGCUGAUGAACUAAUUAAAGCAAAUCAUAAAGUUGAUGUGAAAAAUAUGCGUGAACAAUUUCCUUUACAUUACGCCAUCGCUAACAGAAAAGAAGAAAUGAUAGAAUAUUUGCUUGAGAAAUAUGAAAAUAUUAACGAUAUCAAAGAUAUCGAGGGUAAUACAUUAUUACAUUACGCAGCAAAAUUUAAUCAUUUUAAAACAGCUGAAAAACUUCUAUCUAAAGGACACGAUGUUGAUGUAAAAAAUAAUACCGGACAAUUACCUAUUCAUUUCGCAGUGAGUCGCAGGAGCAAAGACAUGAUAAAAUUAUUGUUAGAUGACACUAAUGUUAAAUUUGAAGAUGGUAACAGUUUAUUACAUAUCGCAGCUAAAUUAAACGACUUAGAUUUGGCGACUAUUUUAGUUAACGCUAAACAAGAUAUUAACGUGACGAACUUGAAUCAACAAACACCGUUACAAGUUGCAAUUAUAUCAGGACAUAAAGAAAUGAUACAAUUUUUGAUGACUGGAAAAUAUUAUAAUACAUCGAGAGAUAUAAACGGCGAUACAUUGUUACACGCAGCUGUAAAAAAGGGUGAUGUGGAAACUGCUAAAGCAUUAAUUGAACAAGGACACGUAAUUGAUAGGAAGAAUAAUCGACAAGAAACUCCUUUACAUUUAGCCAUAGCUUGUAAAAAUAAUAAAUUAUGUUUAUUAUUGAUAGAAAAUGGACAUAGUAUGGAUAUUUUUGACGAGCAAUCGAACACAGUGAUACAUUUUGCUGCAAAAAUGAAUGACGUAUAUCUAGCAAAAUUAUAUAAAGAACGUGGAUAUGAUUUAAAUGUAAUUAACGCUUCCAAUAAAACUCCAUUAUAUUUCGCGAUAGUUAAUAAACAUAAAGAUAUAGCGAUUUAUUUGUUAGAUAACGGACACAGAGUUAAUAUACGGGAUCUAGAUGGAAACACUUUACUACACCACGCAGCUAUGAAUAAUAAUAUUGAAAUAGCCGCUUUAGUAAUAGAAAAAGGACACAAAGUUAAUGUGAGAAACGUACGUGGUCAUACACCGUUAUAUUUCUCUAUAUACUAUAAAUGUAAAGAUAUGUCAAAAUUUUUAAUCCAAAACGAUCAUAGUAUAUUUGAUGAGGAUUGUGAAAAAAAUACCUUACUACAUAUCGCUGCUAAAACGAAUGAAGUUGAAAUAUCAAAAUUACUAAUAGAAUUGAACGUAGAAAAUAUAUUCGGCGAAACUCCUCUUUACGUAGCUAUUUACAGCAAUUCCAAAGAUGUCAUAGAAUAUCUACUAGCAGUCGAUAUUAACCUCGAUAUAAAUCGAAAAUAUACAGCCAGUGAGAAUACACUGUUACACGAAGCUGUGCUCUAUAACGACGUCGAUAUUGUAGUUUUAUUAAAACGAAAAGGGCAUUUGGUGAAUAUACGAAACGCAAAAGGUCUAACUCCUUUACAUAUAGCUAUUGCUAAUAAAUACAGAAAUAUUAUAGCUUCUUUAAUUACCGGAAUCGAUGAUCUCGAAGUAGACCUAUUACAUUACGCUGCCGAAAAUAACGCUUUCCAAAUAGCAGAUUUAUUACCGAAGCAACAACUAAAUCAAAAAGACUCAGAUGGGUAUACUCCGUUGUUUCUCGCGGUUAAAAAUAAAUCUAAGGGAAUGUUUGAUUUCUUAAUUGAAGCAGAUGCUGAUAUCAGAGAUACAGAUAAAGAUGGUAAUACGUUACUACAUUGCGCCGCAUUCGAAGGUAAUUUUGAAGCUGCUGUUGUAUUGGUUGAGAAAAAUCAUCCAAUAAACGUUGAGAAUUUGAACGGUGAAACUCCUCUUCAUCGACUGAUGGCUAGUACGAUUGAAAGAAAUAGUGCAAUUAAUAUUAUAAAAUUAUUAUUAGAUCACGGGCAUAGGAUAGAUAUAGAAGAUAAAAGUGGCAAUACUUUACUACAUUAUGCUUGUAAAUUAAACGCAAUUGACGUUAUUAAAAUAUUAUUAGAUAAAAAUCACAAUUUACAUAUCAUAAAUGCGAAAGGAGAAUCACCACUGCACGUAUCUAUCGAUAGUGGUUCGACGGAAUCGACGAAACUCUUGUUGAGCGGCGUUGAAAAUAAUAAUGUUGUAGAUAGAGAAGGUAACACGUUAUUACAUUAUGCUGUAAGGAAAAAUGAUGUCGAAACUACAUCUUUACUAAUUUUUAAACGAUAUGAAGUUAAUGUAAUAAACAAUCGUGGCGAAACUCUUGUUCAUUUAUUGAUACAAAAAUUCAAUUACAAGUUAUUGGUAUUUCUGUUGAGUAACGGUGUGAAUCCACAUGUUAUAUUACAAAACGGAAAUACUUUGUUACAUUUAGCCGCUGAAAAAAAUAACCUCGACCUUGCCGCUUUAUUAACUGCCAAAGGGUUAUCAGUAAACGCCGUUAAUUCAAAAAAACAAACACCCCUACAUAUCGCAAUAAAAAAUAAAUCAAAAAGUAUGUCGAAAUUUUUAUUAGGUGAAGAAAUUGAUGUUAAUUGCAAAGAAAUAGAUGGAAAUUCGUACUUACACUAUGCAGCUAAAGAGGAUGACAUUGAAAUAGCUGAUUUAUUACUCGAAAAAGGUCAUUACAUGAAUGUGGAAAAUUUAAGAAAAGAAUCGCCGUUAUAUAAUUCUAUUCAAUGUAGAGCGAAGCGUAUGACGAAAUUUCUUCUCGACAAAGGACAUAACAUUGAAACAAAAGAUACUAAUCAAAAUACAUUAGUGCAUUUAGCUGUAAAAGCAAAUGAUAUAGAAUUGGCUUUGUUAUUAAUUGAAAGAGGUCACGAAGUUAAUGUUAUCAAUUCAAAUAACGAAACUCCUCUUUACUGGAGCGUAGCUAGAAAAUUUAAAAAUAUAACCAAAUUACUUCUCGAGAAAAAACACGGAAUUCAUUAUCUUGUUUUAGGUAAUACACUUUUACACACUGCUGUAACUGGAGACGAUGUUGAAACUGCAGCACUACUCAUUGAACACGGCCAUAAAAUAGAUACCAGAAACGAAAAAAACGAAACACCUUUUUAUUAUGCAGUUAAACAUAAAAGAAAAGAAAUGACAAAUUUUCUGUUCAAUCAUGAAGAUAAUAAUCGAACUUUGAAUGCUGAAAUUGCGAUACUAUUAGUUAAAACUAUAAACUAUAUGAAAUCGUCGAUGGUAUUUUCGAUUUCGCGCGAUAUAAUGAUUCGACGAUAUAAUGACAUGUCGUUGUUAUUGCUACAAAAUGAAGGAACAAUCGUAGUGAAUGAUGAUGUUGGAAACACGUUGUUGCAUUUAGUUUCGGAAACUAAUGAUACCAAAGUAGGAGAUUUACUUAUACGAUGCGGACAUGAUAUAAAUUUAAGAAAUUCUUUUGAAAUAACCCCGUUAUAUUUUGCGUGUAUGAAUAACUCAAGGGAUAUGUGUAGACUUUUACUGCAAAAGGAUCACGUCGAUUUUCAUUGCCCACCUGGCUAUGAUAACGAAUCGUUGUUGCAUUGGGCAGUCUUGCAACAUGAUCUAAAACGUGUAGAUUUAUUAUUGAAAAAAGGACACGAUGUUAACGUGCGGAAUUUCAAAGACGAAACUCCUUUACAAAUCGCGUUUAAACAUAAAUUUAAGAGUAUUAUUAAAAGAUUAUUGCAACAAGAUGAAAUAGAUUUUGCAAGUACGUUAGAUGAAGAAGGUAAUACAUUAUUACACUUUGCUGUUGAAGAUAAUGAUAUUGAUACUACGGAUAUUUUGUUGAAAAAGGGACUUGAAAGUGAUAUUAGAAAUUUGGAUAACGAUACACCUAUUCAUAUAGCGUUUAAAUUAAAAUUGGAAGAAAUAUUACAGCGUUUAUUAUUUGCCACGCCUGAUUUUAACGUUGACGAUAUUACCGAUAAUAAAGGAAAUACGUUAUUACAUUUCGCUGUUGACAAAAACAAUUUGGAAUUAGUAAAUUUUCUGAUACGAGAAAAACAUUUGAUCAAAGUUUUAAAUGUACAUGCCGAAACGCCGGUACAUUUAGCACUCAACAAAAGGUAUAUAGACAUAUUAAAAAUAUUAUUGAGAAAUACUGAAGUCGAUUUAAAGGAUAUUGUUGAUUCAAACAACACAAAGUUAAUAGAAUUAGCUGCUGAAGAUGUAGAACUUGAGAAUAUAUUAUUAGAAACAUCAUAUUAUUAACUUUUACUUGCUAAAUUGCAGAUAUGUUCUCACAGAGAAUCUGCAAACUGUUUCCAAACCAAUGUAGUCCAGACGCUAAGGGGCAAAAUCCGAAUUAACCUUGCACUUAAUGAUUAUUAAGUGCCACUUGGUACAUGCGUUCCUGGGACCUUAAGAAGCAAUCUGAGGGUUACCGCCACCGGAUCCGUCCAUUCAUUUCAUCAACAAUGUAAAUUUUUGCAAUAAGUAGAUUUAAAAUAUUCUGCCGCGUUUUAGUACCACACUUAUGAUUGUUUUCAAUGUCAAGGACGAGUUCUGAUUUUGGGGAUUUCCUGUGAAAACCUUUUUGCUUUACCAUGGCAAAUAUCAAUAACUUAUUAGAAGUGUCAGUGUAAAGUUUGACGUCAAAAAAGUGAAACAGAGCUACGCAAUAAAUUGAAGAUGAUGACCGAUCGUGAAGGCCAGUUUCGAAAAUAUCGAUGCAGUUCAUGACAUGAUUCUAUCAGACCGUCGAAUUGGGCUAAAACGGAUGACAUCUUAAGCCCUGAAUAUUUCAUACGAAUGCGUUCAUCAUAUAGUUCACGUCAAUUUGAACAUGAGAAGCGAGAAUAUGUGCAAUUGAAAAUGUGGAAUUAUUCUAAACAGGAGAUUUUGCUCCAAUGUCAUAAAAUCCAAAGUUAAAUGAGCUAGAUAAGAAUAAAGUUUCACUCCAUUGGAUUCCGCUAACAAACUUGCUAAAGCGGAUAA